AUGUCCUCACAGACACAAACCAAAUACCCAUCCCUCCCUUCCAAACUGAUCCUCACGUCAACAAAAGCCUACUUCUCCCCCUCCCGAACAAUCACAUACCUCCACUCACUGCUCGACCCAGCAAACAACAUCCUACCUCUGCUCGAGCAACACCGCUCGCAAAUCCACUUCGUCUUCAUCCCCGACUUCCUGACCAUCUACCCGUGUUCUCAAAUCCUGGGAUCCCGAUACCCCUCGCCAGUAUCAAAUCCCGACGAUGAUGCCACCACUGCCCACGCGGACUCCGAGCCGCUCGCGUGGCCCAUCACCCUCGGCGCCCAAAACGCCUACCCCUCGCCCUCCUACGGCGCUUACACGGGCGAAAUCGUGCCCCCGGCACUGAAAUCGCUCGGCGUGCGCGUCGUCGAGCUCAACCACGCCGAACGGCGCCGCUACCUGGGCGAAAACGACGACAGUGCGGCCGAAAAGGCCCGCACCGUGGCCGACCUGUCCAUGGUCCCGCUGGUGUGUAUAGGCGAGGUGGAGCAGCCUGAUCUGCGCGGCCCGCUCAGCGCCAGCGUGGGCAAGGCGAUGGCCCAGCUACGGCCGCAGAUCUUGGCCGUACUGGGGGCCGUGCCAGAGGACGCGCCCGUGAUUUUCGCGUACGAGCCGGUCUGGGCGAUCGGGGCGGCCGAGCCGGCGGGGGUGGAUUACGUCGGGCCCGUCGUGCAGGCGAUAAGGGAGGUCGCCAGGUCGGCUGUCCCGCUUAGGGGCGGCGAGAGGACGGGCGGGGUGAAGGUUGUGUAUGGUGGGAGUGCGGGGCCGGGGCUGUGGAGUGGGAAGGCGAAUGGAGGGAAUGGGCUGGGGAGGUGGGUUGACGGGUUGUUCCUGGGACGGUUUGCGCAUGAGAUACAGGGCGUGAGGGCCGUUGUGGAGGAGGUUGUCGAGAGUUUGGGCGAGAGUUGA